CUCGCGUGUAAACAUUGUGGCUGAACCUCCGCACAUGUUAACUUCCCAGGAUGGAGGUUUGUCAAGCUAUUUAUAAGAAACUCGACACGAAUUAUGUGGAGAAGGACUUGGAUAUCAUUAUUGAAGCGGCACAAAACCAUGGAGUUUAUGAACAUGAGAAUCCCAAGGUUUUAGAAACUCAUGCCAAGGAGAUUAGUAAUUUACUUCAUCAGAAAACAACAAGGCGAAAUGCAAUUAAAUUCUUAGUGCCAUUGAUCCAGCAGUGCCCAAAGGAUAUUCUGACAGCACAGGGACAAACAUGGCUUCAGUUCUGCAGCAUGAUUAUAAAUGCACCCUCUGGGGCCAAGGCAAAGCGCACUGCUUGCUAUUCCAUCCUUCUCCUUCUCGAGAGAAUACCAAAACUACCAGAGCUUCAUCGGAAGUUGAUAUCGCAGUCUGCCGCUCCGCUGGUCACAUCUCUGGCUGGAGCAGUUUCCUAUUGGAGUCCAGCUGCUCUUAAGUGUUUACAAGAGUACAUGAAGGUGUUCCCACAACAAUGCUUACCUCAUAAGGCGGCCUUAGAGGAAUUACUGCUCAAGAAACUAGACUCUCCCCUCACCUGCACUGGUCAAAAGUCGGAAGUGACGUAUGCAGGUCAGGCCUUCGCGACAUUGCCACUAGCUGGAAUUGGGGGCAAAGGAACCAGUAGCCGUUCGGAGGCGAGGGGACGGCAGCUAACCCAGCUCAUUUGCUUGUCACAUCACCUGAUGGACUAUCUCUUUGAGGGUAUUGUUGAGAAAGAGUCCUAUAACCACCCCAGAGAAUACACAUUCAAGCUGAAUCCACUGCAGCCUGUGGGUUAUUAUGAUAAAAACCCACUCUACACACACAUGUUGGCCAUCACCCGAUUAAUGAACACGUUGAAGUUCAUAUCGGAAAUGGUCUCUUGUGAAAAUAAUGAUGCCAUAACAGUGAAAAUGAGCAAUCUUUUGGGACCAGUCUUUAGGAUGUUACAGAUGGAGACUUUUGUUCUGAAAUCCUACAAGAGCUAUGAACAUAAAUUAUUAGCCUUCUUUAUGCCAGCACUUCACCAGCAAUGUCUGUUGAUGCUAAGAGACUUCCUGAUCAGCAUGAGAGAUUGUGUAGACUUGUACUUCAGCCUUAUAGCAGAAUUGCUCACUGCAACCAUAAGGUCUUACUAUGACAGCAAGGCCAAAGCUUGGGCAACUAAUGGGCAACAGACAAGGAUUAUCGCAUAUUCUGUCAUGACCACUCUGGUUGAAGUGUCUCAGGGAAGGCAUCCAGCGUCACCCAAGUUGAUCGAUGUCAUUGUGGAAGAUCUGAUGCCAAAGAACCAAGAAUUUACAAUAAAGAGCUAUGGCAGCAGAGGACUGUCUAAUCUCACGCUGCAGAAGAAGAAGAGCAAGAAGAAAGGAUACACAGUCUCGACAAAAGACUCGGAACCAUCAAACACUCCUCUUCCAGAAUAUGAAAACUUUGGCAAGGUUGUUACCGCUGCCCUGAGAUUAGCAGAAGCCUUGUUUAGAUAUGCGACACAUUCCACACCCUUGAUGUCGAGACAGGCAUUACAGAAGAGAGUCAUAGCUGUGACAGAUCGAGUGAUGAAUGGUAGCCAAAUGCCAGUCAUCUACUUUGGUGAUACGACACGAGCACAGCUGUUUAAAACUUUAACAUGUAUGGCAACUCACCCUGAUCCAAGGUGUCCUGUACCAUAUACUAUGAUUUUACAUCUGUUUCAAAUGGGCCUGCAUGAUCAUCACAUGUCGGUGGUUGCUGCUUGUCAAACUGGUCUUUCGUGUGUUAGCUUCAUCACUGCCAACCCACAAAUCUCCAUGCUAACACAGGUCUUUGAGCAACUGCAACGGAGAACUGAUAGUUAUGACGCUGAAGAAUAUGAAGGACAAAGAUGGUGUAAAUGGAAUGGUUUGUGAUGAACAAGAUGAGGAAAAAGAACAAGAGGAGGAGGAAGAAAAUGAAGA